AUGGACCCAAAAGCAGUGAAAUCAGACCUAGUACUAAUCCUAGACUACGGUUCACAAUAUACCCACUUAAUCACACGAAGAAUCAGGUCCCUGAAUAUCUUCUCUCUCUGUAUCUCAGGCACUUCUUCAUUAGAAACCAUAACUUCACACAACCCAAAAGUCGUUAUCCUCUCAGGUGGACCCCACUCGGUCCAUUCUGUCAAUUCACCAACUUUCCCAUCUGGCUUUGUUGAGUGGGCUCAAAAAGGUGGGAUCUUUGUGUUGGGGGUAUGUUAUGGGCUGCAAUUGAUUGUGCAGAAAUUGGGUGGUCAAGUUGAUGUUGGCGAAAGACAAGAGUAUGGGAGGAUGGAGAUUGAAGUGGAGAAGAAUUUGGGUAUUUUUGGGAACAAGAAAGUGGGGAAUAAGCAGGUUGUUUGGAUGAGUCACGGUGAUGAGGCUAUUAAGUUGCCUGAUGGGUUUGAAGUUGUGGCUAGGAGUCAACAAGGGGCAGUUGCCGCAGUUGAGAAUCGAGAAAUGAGGUUUUUUGGUUUGCAGUAUCAUCCGGAGGUGACUCAUUCACCGGAGGGCAUGGAUACGCUACGAUACUUCCUGUUUGAUGUUUGUGGAGUCUCUGCAGGUUGGAAGAUAGAAAAUGUUUUGGAUGAAGAAAUCAAGGUGAUCAAUGACACGGUGGGACCGGAAGAGCAUGUCAUAUGUGCAUUGUCAGGGGGCGUGGAUUCCACAGUUGCUGCAACUCUUGUUCACAAGGCAAUUGGAGACAGGCUUCAUUGUGUUUUUGUUGAUAAUGGCUUAUUGAGGUAUAAGGAAAGAGAACGUGUAAUGGAAACUUUUGAAAGUGAUCUGCAUCUACCUGUUACUUGUGUUGAUGCAUCAAAUGAAUUUCUUAGUAAGCUGAAAGGCGUGGUAGAUCCUGAGAUGAAAAGGAAAAUUAUUGGGAAGGAGUUCAUUAGCAUCUUUGAUGCUUUUGCCCAUGAGUUGGAGCAAAAAAUGGGAAAGAAACCUGCUUACUUGGUCCAAGGAACCUUGUAUCCAGAUGUUAUUGAAUCUUGCCCACCUCCUGGAUCUGGAAGAAACCACUCUCAUACUAUCAAGAGCCAUCACAAUGUUGGAGGGCUUCCAAAGGACAUGAAAUUGAAGCUCAUUGAACCACUUAAACUUCUAUUUAAGGAUGAGGUUCGUCAGCUAGGAAGACUCUUGAGUGUUCCUGAUGCAUUUCUGAAGCGCCACCCUUUCCCUGGUCCUGGCCUUGCAGUACGAGUCUUGGGUGAUGUAACUGAAGGCAAUGCUCUAGAUAUUCUCCGCCAGGUUGACGAAAUUUUCAUCCAGUCCAUCAAGGAUGCUGGGCUUUACGAUUCUAUUUGGCAAGCUUUUGCAGUGUUUCUGCCUGUAAGAUCAGUCGGAGUUCAAGGUGAUCAAAGAACUCAUUCUCAUGUUGUUGCUCUCAGAGCUGUUACGAGUCAAGAUGGAAUGACAGCUGAUUGGUACUAUUUUGAACACAAGUUCCUUGAUGACGUGGCCAGAAAAAUUUGUAAUCGUGUAAGAGGUGUAAACCGAAUUGUUCAAGACAUCACAUCAAAGCCUCCGUCAACGAUCGAGUGGGAAUGA